AUGGACACCCCGUCUUCUUCAGCAGCAGCUCUUAAACGCGAAAUCGCACGCCUUUCAGGUGCCAUCAACCGUCACAAAACCGGUGAACAAGUUUCACGCCCGCCAACAUACCCCCCAGCUCGUCCCAGAAACAACGUCUACAUCAACCCGAAUUACAAGCCCCCCAGCAAGACCUCAAAGCCAGCAUCAUCAACUGUUCGGCCGGUGUAUCAACAGCGCUCAGUCGCUCCCAGCACCGCGCAAAAGCGUGAUGUUGUGAUCAGUGGGGUCGCUUUCGAAUCUUCAGGUCGCUCGUUGGUGCGGAAGGACUUACCGAAACCAGCUCCAGCCAGUAUUAGCAAAACCCUCAUAUCUCAACCCACAAUAUCUCAUACUACCUUCACAAGAAACAAAGCAGGAACACUGGUGAACACCAACCGAUCUUACAAGUCGAAGGCUUCGCGGCGAGGACGCCCUACUGGCCGCAACAUGACAUUGGACAAUACCCGAAGGCCGUAUCAACCUCGUCGCUUGUCGAGCAAGCGUUCGAAGUAUUCCGACAAGCCAUGUCCCCGCUUCACAACAACAGGUGUCUGCAACCGCGGUCUCACCUGCAUGUAUCAGCAUGAUCCAGCCAAAAUUGCUAUCUGCUGGAAUUUCCUUCAAGGUUCAUGCCCUAACACUGCUGAGACUUGCCCCCUUUCACACGAGCCUACUCCGGAACGUACUCCGCUCUGUGUCCACUUUGCGAACAACGGUCGCUGUACCCGAUCGAACUGCCCUUUCCCUCAUGUCCGUGUUGGUCAGCGGCAUGGUGUUUGUCGCGACUUCGCAGUGUUAGGCUACUGUGAAAAGGGCUUGGAUUGCGACAAACAGCACGUUCGCGAGUGCCCCGACUUCGCGGAGAAGGGCACGUGCACGACGAAGGGAUGCAAGCUUCCUCAUGUGAUUCGCGCCAACCGCGCCCGCAAGAUUGCAGCUCAAACGUCGACUGGCUCUCCGGCGUCAACCCCAAGGGGUGCUUUAUCAGUGGCUGGCGCAGCUGAAGAGAGUGCUCUUCCCGUUUUCGCCGCUACUUCUGUCGAAUCUGGUGCAGGUGCUGACCUUUCCAUUUCUCCGCCGGUCACGGCAGAAGAUGCACAGCUUGGGGAUGAGUAUAUUUCGCUGACAUUCCAUGAAAGCGAGAGCGAUGAUGAUCACGAGGACAGUGACGACGAGGAUGAGGACGAGGAAGAAGAGGAAGAGGGUGAUAUACCCCACGAUCAAGCCGAGAGGAUAGAUUCUAAUAGCGAUGAUGUGAUGCCUUCAUAUUGGAUGCCUUCCCAGGAUUUGGAGACAGUCCGGACCAUAAGUUGGAGUGUGAAAGGAACUGCUGCGUCGGAAUAG